UAUAAAAAAUUUUUUGUGACAAAGUCAUUACUGAAGCAGCAGCAUAACAAAAAUGCCUGUACAAUAAAAUUAAAAUAAAAAAUAACACCUGUAAAUAACGUAAUUAAAAAUUAUCUCUUUGUUCAUAUAAUUGUUUCAAAGAAAGUGCGAUUUUUCAACGCUUUUUGAUUUUUCUGAAAGCUCUUCUAUGAGAGAAACAGAGAGGUCUUUCAGAAGUGACUAUUCAUGGGCGUUUCUUUUUUCGAAAAAGAGGGGAUAUGCGUUUAAAUAAAUUCUUCGAGACAGGCUAGAAAAAAUUAUUUCCAAGUCCUCCAGCGUUUGAAUCUGCGUGUACUACCGUGUAAAAAGCGUCAUUGUAUAUUAUUCGUGAAAAUAUAUAUAUAUAUUGCAAGAAUACGAUUCUAAAAAUGGCGGAGCUUAAAAAUAUAUUACGCAAGUGUAUAAUUAUAGGAGCGAAUUUGUCACCCUCGAUAAACAGUGAACGAUAUUUAUCCUCAUUGUCGGAUGAAUCGCCGGAAAUUAAUUACGCGGUUUUCCGAUCUUUCGCGUGUGCCUGCUCGGACACUGUACUAGCAGCAUUGUACAAGUUAGGUUAUUUUAACGAUUUCGACGAACUGUUACAUAUCGCGGGUGAAAUAGUGGAAAUGCGCGAGGCGUUUAAUCAUGAGGAGGAAGAUGCAGGAGGGCUUAUAAGCUUCCUGUUAGCGCAACAUCGUGGAAAUCGUUUAACAGGACGGAACACUCAAGCGAGUACAAGCGUGCAAGAGACUCCCUCUACGAUGCAGAAACGUAAGGCCGAAGAAGAGCUUGAAGCGGAGUCUUCGUGUAAGUUAUUUAAAAAAUAAAAUAUUAAUUUUCAAAGGCGUUUUAACAAGAAUAAUCACAAAAUUUAAAGAAAAAUAAAAAUAAUUUAGGUAUAAUUUUUAUUUUAUUUAUAAUUAAUUAUUUCUUUUGCUUCGACAGUGCAGAGAGGCGGUGGUAGUAGAAAGAAAAAAAUACCGGCCGCAGAACAUGUGACGCAGACUCGAAAUAAUGAGGAAAGAAGCGAAGAAAACGAAUCAGAAAAUCGUGUCGCUAAUCCCUCAGCGGUGGAGAUUGAAGAGGAGGAAGAAGCAGAGAUACCGCACCAACGACAACAGCAACAACCGGUUGGCAAUAAUUUUAGUUACAUUAAUUUAUUAGCGGAAAAUACGAGACAAUUUAGGAGAUUCGGAAUAAUGGGGAGAGAAGCGAGUUUCGCGAUACGUCCGUUACAUGACGAUACAAAUAUUUACAGAGCAUUAGAAAAUGCAUUUCGUGAAAUUCACGCGUAUGUGCUAAAUACAUGU